AUGGCCUCCGCUUUCGAAAUCCAUUGGGUCGAACAUCGCCCUUCCCUGCUCCAACUCGACACAUUUGUUCUUGACUUCGCAGAAUUGAAAGAGCUGCUCGAGCAACAAGAAGGUCUCGAGGACUGCCUGAGCAAAUCACUGGCCCUUAUCGACACUGUUCCAGGUGCGCAAAUCGCCGCGCAACAGGUACGUGUCGAGUUGCAGACGGCGCGCGCAAAAGCUCAGACUGUGCGAGCCCACAUCGACAAGAUGUGGAACAUGGUUCCAAUUCUCUUGCGCCCGAAUAGUGGUGUAGCGGCGAGCAAAGUCUUCAGCACCACAGAGCUACUCGAAGAAGUCUUGACGUACUUGCCAACCCGCCAGAAGCUCGAAUGUAUGCAGGUGCAGCGCUGUUGGUACCACUCCAUCAACGGAUCGGUGAAGCUGAAGCGAUCGCUUGGCCUGGAGCCCAUGGACAAUGAAUUCUAUCACAGUGCUUUCGGCCACCGAAUCCAUUAUGGUCGGUACGGGCUUCUGGACCGUACUUUGCCAGGCGGUACCGAGUUCACAGACAAUAAAAUCACACCGGGCGAGGAGGAGCGAUGGGACAUGCCACGAGACAUCGAUCACGUCACCAGCGGUCAAUGGGCUGGGGAGUGGGACACUAGCCAAGUCAGACUACAAGGAUUCUUUAGCCAUUGCAUCGCCAGACGCACGAUGGGCUCGCGAGUGGGAGACAUGCGCGUCUGCAGUCCGCCGAUCUUAACUUGGCAGGCCACCCUGCUCUGCACUGGCUGUACAGCCAAAGACGGUACUCUCUAUGAUCGACAACAAGAUGACUAUCUCUAUGAUAGACAACAAGGUCAUCCAUUCGAGCUUCAGGCGCCCUCCUCCGAAGGCUUCACUGUUGGUAGCUUGCAUGAAGCUUUAGAGCAAGUCCUGGAUGAACACGAAUCUGGUCAUGCGCCACCUCGGCGUGAUCACUACGUCUAUACGCGUAUCGAGAUCUCUGCAACGCAUUACCUGCGCGAAGACGACCCAGAGUGUAUCGAACGCGAGGAGCUCAAGCUUAGGGCUCAACGCAGAGCUGCAGAGAGGGAGAGGGAGCGUGAAGCUGGGUGGGGCUCCUGGGAAGAAGGAUGGGGGGACGCAACGGGAGGAGAAGAUGCGGAGAAUGGCGACGAGCAGAUUGCAGGACCUGUGGUCAACGACACAGCUGCGGUCGCCACCCAUACUUCUGACGAUAACGAAACUACUCGUGACCAAACGCCGCUACAAGACGGCAGCGAAGAGAAUGCCGAUACCGAUCCUCUGGCUAGCGGAAACGUGAAUGGAUCUGGACAAGGCGUAUCUGCCGAAACUGGUGACAUCACUGAACAGCAGGAGCAGAAUGGAGCUGAUGAGCAGCCGGUCUUGGAGGCCGAUAGCACGGACAUGGAGUGA